UGGAGCAGGAGGCGGGGAAACCCAAUAGUAGGUGUCAGGGAUUGAAUUAUGCCCCCCAAAAGUGUGUGUAUCAGUGGGGCUGGGCCAUGACUCCCAGUAUUGUGUGAGUUUCCUGUAGGUUGUAAAUGUUGUCUCCGUGAUGUUAAUAAGGGAGAACAUGCAGCAGUUGUGUUAGAGGGGCAGGAGUCAAUCUACAGGAUUGGACUGUGUCUUGAUACAAUCUCUUAAGACAUGAAAAAGAGCAGAGAGACAGGAAGACCUCAUACCACCAAGAAAACAGUGCCGGGAGCAGAGCACCUCCUUUGGAUCAGGAGUCCCUGCACCUGAGAAGCUCCUAGUCUGGGGGAGGAUUGAUGAGAAGGCCGGCAAAGAGAGAACGCCUUCCCCUGGAGCUGACACCCUGAAUUUGGACUUACAGCCUACUUUACUGUGCUUUAAUAAAUUUUUCUUUGUUGAAGCUAUCCACUUACGGUAUUUUUGUUGUAGCAGCGCUAGAUGAUUAAGACACUAGACCCUUACGGUCAGUGGGGAAGAAGUGAGGACUUCCUUAAUGGAGAAAAGGGUGGGAAAAGAAUAUAUGGGCCUUGGACGUCAGCUGAAACGAGUUAAACUUUGUCUGAUAGAUCAGUGGGUUUUGUUUGUUUAACAUUUUUGCAUUUGAGAGGCUUGAGAUCUCUUCAUCCCUCCCACCAAAAUGCACUGAUGAAAGUAUAUCCGAAAAGAAACUACGUAAGGAUGUCAGAGAUGUUCCCAUCUUUCUAAAGCCCACCUUGGACCCAGCCUAAGGCACAGUGGAACCUUGACUGUUUUUGAGCAUGGACGUGGCAAGAGACAGUGGAAAGGACUUGGGUUAAGACCUUAUGUAAUCUGGUUUCUAGUCCUGUUUCUGUUAUUUGGCAACAGAACUGCUACUGGGCUGCUUAACUUUUCUGAACCCCAGGAUUAUAAUCUAUAAACUCUUUAAAACGAACACCGUUUCUUUCUUCUCUCAUGGGUUUUGACAAUCAAAUAAAGCCACGUUUCUCAAAGUGGUCCCUGGACCAGCCACAUCAGCAUCAGCAGAAACUUCCUAGAAAUGCAACAUCUUGGGCCCCACCCCCAGAUUUAAGGAACUCAGGGGGUGAGGCUCAGCAUCUGUGUUUUUAUAAGCCUUCCUGGUGAUUCUGAUGCACACUAAAGUGGGCACCGCUGCUCUGAAGAGUUUUCCAACUUUUUUGACUGAUUCGUGUGCAAAAUACUCAAAGAACACGUUGGGAAGAACAUAUCCCACGAAAGAUAAAGCUGACCAAAAGCACAAGCCUCCUGAUGUGUUUGAUUUUCCUGAUAAUUCUGCUAUAUCAAGCAUUGACAGGCUGGGUGAAAAUGAUCAAGUUGAAGAACCUUAUGAGACCUUCGCCCCUCCUUUACACAGCACUGCUAUAUAUGCUGAUGAAGAAGAGUUCUCCAAAGUGUGUGGAUCAUCUAUCCCUUCAACUCCUCAAGGAAAAGAAGCGGGAAGAAGUUUGAACACUUCUGAAGAUGAAGCAAGUGAAAGUGAAUCUGUAAAAAACCGUGCAAAAAAGCUAAGAAGAAAAAUCAAGCGCAUUAUUGAUGAAUCUGAAAGCACUGAAAAAAGUGAUGUAACAAGAGAUAAGCCAGCUGAGAAAAGUACACAGCAACGUGAAGCUAUUCCAGCUAUGGCAUCUUCAGAGCUUUCGGAGAAACCAGCUAAAUCGGUCACUCCUAAAAAAAUAAGGCCUCUUAAUGCCCAGUCCUCUGUAGAAAAGGAGACCUGGGCAACGGAAAGUCGACAGAAAAUUCAGAAAAAGGGGAAGAUGUCUCAUGGCAAAGUGAAGAAAUCAAGAAGUAAAGAUGUAGACUCAGAUAGUGAUAUUUCCGACAGUGCAUUUAUUUGGUGUCUAGAAGGAAGGAAAACCAGUGACAUCAUGGAGUUAGAUGUUGUUUUGUCUGCAUUUGAGAAAACCCUCUCAGAGUAUAAACAAAGAAUAGAAUCUAGAGUGUGUAAGGAAGCCAUCAACAAAUUUUAUUCUAAUAUUAAAGAGGAACUCAUCAAAAUGAUUAAAGAAGUCCAGAUGGUGAAAAAUCUUAAAAGGAAGAAUGCUAAGGUGAUUUCAGGUAUCGAAAAGAAAAGGCAACGUUUGAUUGAAACCCAGGAUGAACUGCUUCGGUUAGAACCACAACUGAAACAGCUACAAACAAAAUAUUUUGAACUUAAGGAGAGAAAAUCUUCCCUGAAGAAUGCAGCGUAUUUCUUAUCUAAUUUAAAGCAGCUUCAUCAGGAUUAUUCAGAUGUCCGAGAAAGAGCACCAGCAGCCAAGGAAACGUAUGAUUCAUCCAGCCUUCCAGCUCUGUUACUAAAAGCAAGAGGCCUUUUGGGAGCCGAAAAUCAUCUGCAAAAUAUUAACCAUCAAUUAGAGAAGCUCCUUGGCCAGAAAUGAGAAGAGAAGUCUACCGAAACGUACCUGUAUAAAGAUUCGUUGUGUGCUACUGUCUGUUACCUUCUAAAACUGUACUUUAUUUACAAAUAAACACUUUCUUGAAAAAUUAAAGGGAGAUGUAUAUUUUUAAUUUUCCACAAAGGAGACUAGGAAAAAGCCUAAACUUUACUAAUGUCGAGUUGGACAUUUCUUUUUAUUGUUACAGCAGCACCUUCAAAUACUGAAAAGAAACCUGUCUAAGUGUUCAGGCUGGAAGUAUGGCCUAGUCACCAGAAUUUAUUAUUUUGUUAUCAAAUCAAAUGACUGUGACAAUGUUAAAUAGCAUCAGUUUGAUUUAUAUAAUAGCUUUAAGGUGCCAUAAUCAUUUUCCUAUUUUCUUGAGUAAUAAUUUGUAAGAUGUUGACACCUUAUCCUAAUUAGCUCCAGACAUGAGUUUUAGGCUAUAAAUGAACUUCCAAAAUCAUAUAGAUGUGAACAUAGACUAAUUUUGGUUAAUAAGAGAUUUCUAUUAAAUUUAAGUAAACCAAAGCCAAUUUUUAAUAAAAUUGGUUUACUUAAGUAAAAAACAAUAGUCAAAAAGCAAAGUGAUAAAACUUAGUUGAUAUAAAUAGGCGUUAAGUUAAAAUAAUUUGUUUACAUUAUCAAAUCUAGUAUUUAAUCUUCAGACAAGUUCUCCGUGGUUAUCAGCUACUCUUGUAAUACUUCUAAGAUGAGUUCAUCAGGAAUUUCAUCCGCUGCACUGCUGUAACCGAGAAGACUAGCCUCUGCAGCUUCAGCCAACUCAGCAUCUUCAGUGGCUUCUAAGAAGGAACCAUCAUCGAUGCCAUUAUCCCAGUCAUCGCUGGAAGACACAUCUUCUGGCAACUUAAUAGGUGACAGUUGAUGAGGAUUCUUGGUUCCAUUGCUUUUUGUUUCAACUGUUUCAUCUUCUGUUGUAAAUUCCUCUUCCUUUGUUUUCAUGGGGGAGAGUAAGGGCAUAAGAGAAGAAGUUAUUCAGUCAGAAUAUAUGACGAUCUCACCAUAUUCAAUCUAUGUUGUAUUAAGGUACUAAGAAAUAAAGCCAGUUCUUCAACAGACACUAAAAGGAGUAUGCUGGAUGAAUACUGUGUCCAAUACAGUGACCACGGGAACGAGUUCACUCCCUGAAAUGUUGCUGACACUGGAGCUCAGACACUGGGAACUCCAAAUCUUUUCAGUGUCCUCGGGUGGGGCUAGAGCAAGGGUUGAUUGACUAUGAUUGAUUGAUUGAUUUUUAAGUGGACAGUCCAGCUGAAGACAAACUGGAAAACAUGCAUAAAGACUUAUUUCCCUAAUUUAUAUAGUACUUUAAAAAUAAGAACAUUGAAAAAACUGGUAUAAAAAAGAGUUUGGGAACAACUGUGAAAAUAUGACUCUGGAUUAUAAACAGUUGCCAGCUAUUGGAUGCCAACUCAGGGUGACCCUAUGGGUGUCACAGUAGAUCUGUGCUUCAUGGAGUUUUCAGUGGUGGUUUUUCUGAAGUACAUUGCCAGGCCUUUCUUCCAGAGUGCCUGAGUGGACUGGCACUGCCAACGUUUUGGUUAGCAGCUGAGCAUUUGCACCACCUCGGGCUCUGGGAUCAUAUAAUACUAACCCUGUUGCUAUCGAGUCAGUUCAGACUCAGCAACCCUAUAGGACAGAAUAGAGCUGCCCCAUAGGGUUUCCAAGGAGCGCCUGGGGCAUCUGUGAACUGCUAACCUUUUGGUUAGCAGCUGUAGCUCUUAACCACUAUGCUACCAGGGUUUCCAGGGUUAUAUAUUAGGUAACAGUAAUAUAUCAAUGUUAAAUUUCCUGAAUUUAGUAAUUCUACCAGUUAUAUAAGAAUGUCCUUAUUCUCCAACUACAUGCUUAAAUAUUAAGCGAUGAAAGGUUUUCAUGCCUGCAACUUACUCUGAAAUAAUUCAUCAAAAAUAACAAUGUGUGUAUAUACAGUUGAGAGGAAAAAAAUGUGGCCAAAUGUUAACAAUUAGCCAAUCUAGAUAAACGGCAUAUAGGAAGGAGUUCCUUGUUCUCUUGCAACAUUUCUGUAGGUCUGAAUUUUUUAACUCAGAAUCUGAAUAACAAUUUAAAAAGGAUUAAAAAAUCAGUAAGAAAGAUAAUGCAACAGAUCUAAGUGGAAAUGACAAAAUGUUAACUGUUUAAACUAGGUGAUGGGUACUGGAUAUUCAUUAAACUCUUCUACCUUUCUAGAUGUUUGAAAUUUUACAUAAAAUCAAAACAAAUCAAUAGAUAUGUCCAAGCAUUGGUAAUACUGCACACCAAAAGUACUUUUAACUUGAUAAUUCUGAGGUAUUCAUAAAUACAAAAAUACAAAAUUUUACAAGUACACUGAAACUAUAAACCAAAAAAACCAAACCCAUUGCCGUCCAGUCGACUGCAACUCAUAGCAACCCUACAGGUCAGAGGAGAACUGCCCCAUAGAGUUUCCAAAGACGCCUGGUGGAUUGGAACUGCUGACCUUUUGGUUAGCAGCCGUAGCUCAUAACCACUAUGCCACCAGGGUUUCCAGUGAAGCCACACUCAUCAAAAUAACACUCCAAAGAACAAGGAUGACAUACUCCUCCUGGUAGAGUAAAAGUUUUUAAAAAUAUUUUUCUUCAAUUUGUUCUUGGUUAUUUCCAAGUGCUCUUUUACCUAGUAGUUUAGCAGAGUCUAGCUUAGCAGCUAUAUUACAGCCAGCUCCUACAGACCAAGAAUGAGAUUCUCGCCAUUUCCAGCUUGGAUAUUUGUCUUAGUUGUCGAGUGCUGCUGUAACAGAAAUACCACUAGUGGAUGGCUUUAACACGCAGAAGUUUAUUCUCUCACAAUGUGGGAGGCUAACAGUCCAAAUUCAGGGUAUCAGCUCCAGGGGAAGGCUUUCUCUAUCAGCUCUCAAGGGAGGUCCUUGUCAUCAGUCUUCCCUGAUCUAGUAACUUCUCAGCACAGGGACCCUGGGUCGAAAGGACACGCUCUGCUCCUGGCAGUAAUCUCUUGGUAUGAGGUCUCCCUGGGAAGCCUGAAGGGGACAUGAUGGUACUUACUAGGCACUGCCCACUUUGGUGUGCAGAAUGAGGUCACCUGCCUGUAAACUAAAGAGAAGGGUUUCCAAGCCAACCAGUUAUGCAGGGACUCUGGACCCUGGGUCGGAAUAUGAGAAGGGGCUUGCGGCUUGUCCUUGCUCACAGAUACAGCAGCAGAGGACAGGGCUUUGGUGGCAGAACCUGCUCUGUUUGGAAGGCUAGAGAAGUGGACAGUUCCGACUGUGGUUAGACCCAAGUCCCAUCUGGAUCAUGUAGAAAGCUGAAGAACCACUUGAAAUAGAUCAUAUGCAACACGGGCUCUGCAAUUUCAAAGCCACUUCAUUCUCCACCUGCAUUCGGCUAAUAGCCUGAUUACAGCCAUACCAAAAACCUCCAAACACUGAGCAGCAGCCUUGGCUGCCCUUCCUGGCAGAUGCGCCUCCCUUCCACCUUGCCCUAUUUCAUGCUUCUCUGGGACUGCAAUUCCAACAGCUGUUUAUACCUCCCAGGGCCAGAGUUACCUGGAGGAGAGGCAGACAGCUGUGGGCUAAUUCCCGAAGUGCACUUCUGGGGACCACCAACCCUGGCAAGCAGGCCGACACCCCACACAGGGCUGUAUGUAGGUCAGAGCAUGAGCAAUGCUCCAUGAAUGUGGAUGCCACGGACUGAGGCUGACUGCUCCAGUCCUGCAGGUCAAAGUAGGCCUUCAGAUGGGGAUGAUAUUUUUGGUGAGAUGCAGGGUGAGGGGAAAGGGUUGUCCCCUGAGUCACAAGGCAGGAUGUUUUAAGGUUUAGGACACCGGCCUCUUGACAAGGGAGUCACUACCAGGAGAUGCAGCACAGGGAGGAACUGGUGUCUGCUGUGUUGUCCUUCCGCUCAAUUCUGGCUUCCUGUCCUGACAGCAUCAGUUUGAGGUGGGUGCUCAGGGUGCUGCUGGAGGAUUCAGACACCUCGGAUGAACAUCAAGGGGCCUUCCAAAUCUAAGGGGCUAGGCGUCCUGACAGGAGCCCUGGUGGUGCAAUGGUUAAGCGCUUGGCUGAUAACCAAAAGGUCAGAGGUUUGAACCGACUAGCCACUCCAAGGGAGUACUUAAGAGUUUGUUCAGGAGACUUUUUAUUAAUCAGAUUGAAUAGGUACCAAACUUAGACCAUUAUCUAGGAUGUAAACUCACUCACUUGUUCAGCUUGUAGCAGGUAAUUUUUAUUCUAAACAUAACACUAAAGGAAAAGGCUGACAGAAGUGGCCAAAAAAAAAAAACUAAAAUUAGACUAGAAAACAUAAAGCAUCAAAGAGUACUGAGAAAAAGUUCUUACGAAAUACAGGACCUCAGAAAAAUGGACAGAGGACAGGUACAGGCAAUUCAUAGUAAAAACAUGAAUAGUAAAUUUUAAAAAAAGUUCAAAUUCAUUAGUAAAAACAUACAAAUUUAAACAACUGAAGUACCACUUUCUACCUGUCAGGCAGGUAAAGGUCAAAAGGUAACAAAAGCAAUGUUGGCGGAAGCACGGGGGAAUAGCUGUUCUUACAAAACACUUAUGGAUGUUUCAUUUCCUAUAAUUUUUAUAUAAUUAGAGCGAUUCGGCAAUAUGUACUACUGAAAAUAUUUGUGAUGUAACAGCAAGAAAGCCUACAAACCUUGUGUACUAUGAUUUAAAAAAAAUAUGAGCAUACAUAGACAAGUUCUGGAAGGCUCAUAAUUAUAAGGAUGAUUUCCCUUUCGUUUAUGUGUUUUGUAAUGUCUUGGCACUAAUUUUUAUUCGUGUAAAUAAAAGUUGGUUUCCCCAUUUGAAAAGAGCCCUGGUCCUGGUGGUGCAGUGGUUAAUUACCUGGCGGCUAAUCAAAAGGUUGACGGUUUGAAUCCACAGGUAAAAAGAUGUGGCAGUCAGCUUCCGUCAGAUCACAACCUUGGAAACAAGAUGAGCAAGUUCCACCCUGUCCUACAGGAUUGCUACAUGUCAGAAUUGACUUGAUGGCAACGGGUUUUUGGUUGGCAAUUUGGUAAUACCCAUGAAAACUAAAAAUGCAUAUACUCUGACACAAUUGUACUUCUAGAAAUUCAUCUUAUAGAUAGAAAUGUUCAAAGAACACAUACAAAGAUGUGUAUUUUUGGCAUAGUUUAUAAAGGAAAAGAUGAGAAAUUUCUUAAAUGUCUGGGAUUAGAUAAAUUGCUAUCUAUACAAAGAAGUUCAAGCUGGAUUCAGAAGAGGAUAUGGCACCAGGGAUAUCACUGCUGAUGUCAGAUGGACCUUGGCUGAAAGCGGAGACUACCAGGAAGAUGUUUACCUGUGUUUACUGACUAUGUAAGAGCAUUCAACUGUGUGGAUCAUGAUAAAUUAUGGAUAACAUUGUGAAGAAUAGGAAUUCCAGAACACUUAAUUGUGCUCAUGAGGAACCUGCACUUAGAUCAAGCAGCAGUAGUUCAAAUAGAACAAAGGGAUACUGUGUGGUUUAAAGUCAGGAGAGGUGUGUGUCAGGGCUGUGUCCUUUAUACUUAUUCAAUCUGUAUGCUGAGCAAAUACUUUGAGAAAGAUAAGAAGAAAGGGGCAUCAGAAUUGGAGGAAGACUCGUUAACAACAUGCGAUAUGCAGAUGACACAACCUUGCUUGCUAAAAGUGAAGAGGACUUGAAGCACUUACCGAUGAAGAUCAAAGAUCACAGCCUUCGGUAUGGAUUAUACCUCAACAUAAAACAAAAAUCUUCACAACUGGACCAAUAAGCAAAAUCAGGAUAAACGGAGAAAAUAUUGAUGUCAAGGAUUUCACUUUACUUGUAUCUACAAGCACUACUCAUGGGAGCUGUGGUCAGGAAAUCAAACAACGUAUUGCAUUGGGCAAAUCUGCUGCAAAGACCUCUUUAAAAUGCUAAAAAGCAAAGAGGUCACUUUAAGGACGAAUGUAUGCCUGACCCAAGCCAUGGUGUUUUUAAUUGCCUCAUAAGGAUGCAAAAGCUGGACAAUGAAUACGAAGACCAGAGAACUGAUGCCUCUGAAUUGUGGUGUUGGAGAAGAAUACUAUGGACUGCGAGAGGAACAAACAAAUCUGUCUUGGAAGACGUACAGCCAGAAGCAAGGAUGGUGAGACUUCAUUUCACAUACUUUGGACAUGUUAUCAGGUGCGACCAGUCCCUGGUGAAGGACAUCAUGCUUGGUAGAGGGUCAGCAAAAUGAGUCACCUCGCUGUGUCAACGAGAUGGAUCAACACAGUGGCUGCAACAAUGCUCUCAAGCAUAACAACGAUUGUGAGGAUGGCACAGGACUGGACAGUGUUUCGUUCUGUUGUACACAGGGCUGCCAUGAGAACUAACUGACUAGAAGGCACCUAACAACAACAUACAAGGUGACUACACAAGAAUUAGAAAGAAUGAGGUGCAUUUUCUCAAGUAUGGGCCAAGAGGGACAAUCGCUACAUUAUAUUUCUAAGUGAAAUCAAGAUACCAAACACUGUGUAAAAGCUAUGUGGAUACACCUGGACACACUGUACAUAGCUCAUUUAUAUCGUUGUACCAAGAACCAGUCAGUAAUGACAAGCUAAAAACUGCACUUACGUCUUUGAAAAGCAUCAGGAGACGUACUUCAGGAGGUAAUGGGAAACCUGAGUCAGAAAGAUAGUAAAACUGCUUUAGAUAGAUAUCUAAUUUUUACUUUGUGGUAAACACUGUAAAAACUAAUAACUCACAGUCAGAUUUGAAGUUUUCUGCUUUACAUACAGGAUCAUGACAUUUUUGAUACCAAACUUCAUUUUUCAGAUCAACCAGGAUCCUUUACAUAAAAAAAAAAAAAAAAAAUUAAUACCCUGACUGGAUAAAAAAUGAAAUCCAGCUACAUGCUGUUGACAAAAGAUACACCUAAAACUUAAAGCUAGAGAAAAGUUAGAAGGAUGGAAAUAAACAUACACCAAGCCAAAAAAAAAAAAAAACUGUGGUAACCAAAAUAUCACAGAAAA